ACUCACACUAAGGAUCUUACCUUGUACAACAGCUCAAACCUACCACUCCUGAAACCAUGAGCCACUACAGCAGCUACUAUGGAGGCCUGGGCUACGGCUAUGGCAGCUUUGGAGGCCCGGGCUGUGGAUGUAACAGCAUCCGCAGACUGGUGGGCUUUGGCUCUGGCUAUGGAGGCUUUGGAUAUGGCUCUGGCUUCGGAGGCUUCGGAUAUGGCUCUGGAUAUGGAGGCUAUGGAUAUGGCUCUGGCUUCAGAGGCUAUGGAUGUGGCUGCCGCCGCCCUUCAUGCUGUGGAGGAUAUGGGUUCUCCAGUUUCUACUGAAAUCCUGUUCCAGUAACUCAGCAUUUGAUACCUUCACUGUUUUUUCUGAGAAAUCCUAGCCAUGAAGCUUUGAUAGUGCUAAGCCAACUGAACACGUCAAAUUUUACAGUUUUAAAGACUCCAUUUAUAAAAUGUCUCUGCAUCCUAAGCUUGGGCACUAAGAGUGGGAUUAUGUUCAAUUGCCAAUAAAUGAUUCAAUAAGAGAU